AUGACCUGUUAUAGAUGUUGCUUGAUCCUCUUGGCAUUCACCUGGAACACUUCUGCCUAUGGCCCUGACCAGAGAGCACAGAAGAAGGGAGAUAUUAUUCUUGGGGGACUCUUUCCAAUUCACUUUGGAGUAGCUGCUAAAGAUCAGGAUCUAAAGUCAAGGCCUGAGUCAGUGGAAUGCAUCAGGUAUAAUUUUCGAGGGUUUCGAUGGUUACAAGCGAUGAUUUUUGCCAUUGAGGAGAUAAACAGCAGCCCUGCUCUUCUCCCCAACAUGACUCUGGGAUACAGGAUAUUUGAUACCUGCAAUACAGUUUCCAAAGCCCUGGAAGCCACGCUGAGUUUUGUGGCCCAGAACAAGAUUGAUUCCUUGAACCUGGAUGAAUUCUGCAACUGCUCUGAGCACAUCCCCUCCACCAUUGCUGUGGUUGGAGCCACUGGCUCUGGCAUAUCUACUGCCGUGGCAAACCUGCUGGGACUGUUCUACAUACCUCAGGUCAGUUAUGCAUCAUCCAGCAGGCUCCUGAGCAACAAAAACCAGUAUAAGUCUUUCCUCCGGACCAUCCCCAACGACGAGCACCAAGCCACUGCAAUGGCCGACAUCAUUGAGUACUUCCGCUGGAACUGGGUGGGCACCAUUGCUGCAGACGACGACUAUGGCCGGCCGGGGAUUGAGAAGUUCCGAGAGGAGGCAGAAGAGAGGGACAUCUGCAUUAACUUCAGUGAGCUCAUCUCCCAGUACUCUGAUGAGGAUGAGAUACAGCACGUGGUGGAGGUCAUCCAGAAUUCCACGGCCAAAGUGAUUGUUGUCUUUUCCAGUGGCCCUGAUCUGGAACCUCUCAUCAAGGAGAUUGUACGUCGUAACAUCACAGGAAGGAUAUGGUUGGCCAGUGAGGCCUGGGCCAGCUCCUCACUCAUAGCCAUGCCUGAGUUUUUCCAUGUUAUUGGAGGCACGAUUGGGUUCGCACUAAAGGCAGGGCAGAUUCCAGGGUUCAGGGAGUUCCUUCAGAAGGUACACCCCAAGAAGUCAGCUCACAAUGGUUUUGCCAAGGAGUUUUGGGAAGAGACAUUUAACUGUCAUCUCCAGGAGGGUUCUAAAGGGUCUCUAUCUCUAGAUCCCUUUCUGAAAAAUCGAGAGGAAGGGGGCAGGAGCAGGCCUAACAAUACAACCACCACUUUCCGUCCUCUGUGUACUGGUGAUGAGAACAUCACCAGUGUUGAGACACCAUAUAUGGACUACACUCAUUUGCGAAUAUCUUAUAAUGUAUACCUGGCUGUCUACUCCAUUGCCCAUGCACUGCAAGACAUAUACACCUGUUCACCUGGGAAAGGACUCUUCACCAAUGGCUCCUGUGCAGAUAUAAAAAAGGUUGAGGCCUGGCAGGUUUUGAAACACCUGCGGCACUUAAACUUCACCAACAAUAUGGGCGAGCAGGUAGAUUUUGAUGAGUUUGGGGACCUGGUGGGCAACUAUUCAAUCAUCAACUGGCACCUUUCCCCAGAGGAUGGCUCCAUCAUCUUUAAGGAGGUUGGGCAUUACAAUGUUUAUGCCAAGAAGGGUGAACGGCUCUUCAUCAAUGAGGAGAAAAUUCUGUGGAGUGGAUUCUCGAGGGAGGUGCCAUUUUCCAACUGCAGCAGAGACUGUCUGGCAGGAACCAGGAAAGGGAUCAUUGAAGGGGAGCCCACUUGUUGCUUUGAAUGCGUGGAAUGUCCUGAUGGCGAAUACAGUGAUGAAACAGAUGCAAGUGCUUGUGACAAGUGUCCUGAUGACUCCUGGUCCAAUGAGAAUCAUACUUCUUGCAUUGCUAAGCAGAUCGAAUUUCUUUCUUGGACAGAGCCAUUCGGAAUUGCUCUCACCCUUUUUGCAGUUCUGGGUAUCUUCCUAACAUCUUUUGUACUCGGAGUCUUCAUCAAGUUCCGGAAUACACCCAUCGUCAAGGCAACCAACCGGGAACUCUCCUACCUCCUUCUCUUUUCCUUGAUUUGCUGUUUCUCCAGCUCCUUGUUCUUCAUUGGCGAGCCCCAGGACUGGACGUGUUGCCUGCGUCAGCCUGCCUUCGGGAUCAGCUUUGUGUUAUGCAUCUCCUGCAUCUUGGUGAAAACCAAUAGGAUCCUUUUGGUAUUUGAGGCAAAGAUCCCCACCAGCCUCCACCGCAAGUGGUGGGGUCUCAACUUGCAAUUUCUCCUCGUUUUCCUUUGCACAUUCAUGCAGAUUGUCAUAUGUGUCAUUUGGCUCUACAAUGCCCCCCCUUCUAGCUACCGGAACUACGAGCUAGAAGAUGAAAUCAUCUUUGUCACGUGCCAUGAAGGGUCCCUGAUGGCCCUCGGCUUCCUGAUUGGCUAUACCUGCCUUCUGGCUGCCAUCUGCUUCUUCUUUGCCUUCAAGUCCAGGAAGCUGCCUGAGAACUUCAACGAAGCCAAGUUCAUCACGUUCAGCAUGCUCAUCUUCUUCAUUGUCUGGAUCUCCUUCAUCCCUGCCUAUGCUAGCACCUAUGGCAAGUUUGUCUCUGCUGUGGAGGUGAUUGCUAUUCUGGCAGCCAGCUUCGGGUUGCUGGCCUGCAUCUUCUUCAACAAGGUCUAUAUCAUCCUCUUCAAGCCCUCUCGGAAUACCAUUGAGGAGGUGCGCUGCAGCACCGCAGCUCAUGCUUUCAAGGUGGCCGCCCGGGCCACCCUACGCCGCAGCAACGUCUCCAGGAAGCGAUCCAACAGCCUUGGGGGCUCCACUGGGUCUACCCCAUCCUCUUCCAUGAGCAGUAAGAGCAACUCUGAGGACCCCUUCCCACAGCCUGAGAGGGAGAAAGAGCAGCAGCAACAACAACCCUUGACCCCUCAGCAGCAGCGGCCACAACAGCAACAGCACCGCUGUAAGCAGAAAGUGAUCUUCGGCAGUGGGACAGUUACCUUUUCUCUGAGCUUUGAUGAACCACAGAAGAAUGCUAUGGCCCACAAGGUGACCAAGCAACAGAACUCCCUAGAGGCCCAGAAUAGUGGUGACAGCCUGGCACGGCGCCAAGCCUUACUGCCCCUUCAGAGCAGCGAAGCUGGAUCAGGAUUGGGCAGUGGGGUCUUGGGCUCCAAUGAGUCUGUGGUCACUGAUAGCCAGCCAGAGACCCAGAUCCCUGAAGAAAUGUCCCCAGCCCUUGUUAUGUCUAACUCAAGGGGUUUUAUCAUCAGUGGAGGGGGCAGUGCUGUCACAGAAAAGAAGCUCCAUUCGUAA